ACACCCCCCUCCCCACUUGCAAUCCAGCCGUAGAAAACAAACCUUAAAUGCACAAUAACCUAGUGUGAUUGUCAGGGAACUAAGAUGAAGGCUGGGAUUGUAAGCCUCCUACUGCUCCUGCUCACGUGUACCCAUGGACUUCAGCGAGGCAAGGAUUACUUCAAAGAGAAGGUCUGCAAUGAAUACAACAUAUUGGGGGAAACGGAUUUUCGCUCCAUAUCACUCGUCAUAAACAGCAGGAAGUAUUCUAAUGCCACCUUUGAACAAAUCAUCAGUCUCGUCAACGACAUGGUCGACUUGGCCAAAAAAUGUUGCACUGCAGGAGCUGAUCCAGACUGCUAUGAAAAUGAGUCUACUGCUCUCUCCGAAAAAUCCUGCCGCCCAGAUGCUCCUUUCCCAAGACACCCAGGGAUAGCUGGAUGCUGCACUGAACAAGGUCUUGCUCGAAAGCUCUGCCUGGCAGCCUUGAAACACCCCUCUAAGGAGUUCCCAACCUACCUGGAGCCAUCCAACGAGGAAAUAUGUGACGCCUUCAAGAAGGACCCUCGGGGAUUUGAAGAGAGGUUUCUGGUCGAGUAUUCCAGUGAUCACAGCUACGCUCCUCUGCCAAUCUUGCUGAACUCUACAAGAAAUUAUUUAUCCGCCGUGAGAACCUGCUGCGCCAGCACACAAAAUAACAUCUGCUUCUUGAAAGAGAGGUUACAACACAAGCCUGCCCAAGCCUUUACCCAUCUAUCAAACAAAGCCUGCGCACUCUAUGCCUUGCUUGGGAAAAAUAAAACCACAGUCAGCUACUUAAUAAAAUUCACCCAGCAGACUCCAAGCCUGUCCUUUGAGAAUGCCAGAAACCUCGCUGGAGAAACGUCUGAAAUUCUUUCCAAGUGCUGCGAUAGUUUGGAAGAAAAUUGUUUCCAGAAUGAGCUCAAACUUCACAUCGCCCACAUCUGCAAUACUGCCUGUGGCGGGAAUGAAAGACUCAGAACCUGUUGCAGUUCUAAAGAUGACGUGGGAAAAUACUUGUGCAUUUACUCGCUCCCGUGGGAUAAGCAUUCCCAGGUCCCUCAGGUUCCCAGUUCGGUUGACGAAGGUGCCUGCGGAGAAGAUGGCGAACUAGACAUAUAUCGUAAUAUUUAUGACGUGGCCCGGUUAUACACCCGUGCUCCAGAGGCUCUUCUCAUUACCUUGUAUUCUGCCAGCCAAACUGCCACGAGUGAUUGCUGUGGCCUACCAGACCCCAAAGCAUGUUUCGCGGAGAAGGACUUGAAAACAAUAGCCCCACUGCACGCUUUGAUUGAAAAAGGAAAUGAGAUUUGUGGGGAAUAUUCCGAUCAUACGUAUGUGGAAUUCCUCAAGAGACUUAGAGCAAAUGCAUUAACCCUGCUCCCCCCUGGUACUGUGGAUGCUGAAGAUCAGGUGUCUGCUUUGGUUGAACAAAGGACUAGUUACGUUACCAAGUGCUGUCAUCUGAAUGCACCUCCAACGUAUUGUGGAAUACAGGUCAAAGAUCCAGUGCCUACCAUUUGUUUCCUAGCUGACUGCAUAGAAAACAAAUCCUGAGAACAUUCUCUUGUUAAAAAAAUACUCAGAAAGAAGAAGGAAUUGAAAUAAAGUGACACACAAUCUAUCAUAAAGUCCAGAAUUAUUUCUGAAAUGUUUGUCCAACAUUUGCAAGCUGGAAGACAGGUUCCCAUUAGAAAAUGUCCGUUAUGUCAUAGCAAAACGCUUCUUGUUUCAGCCUGCAGGUGGCAGUGUUACACCAUCUAUCAAAUAGUAUGACAUUCUAUCCUUCCCUCUUGCUUCUUCUCUGUGUUUCUUGGGGUGGAAGAAACAAAGUGAGAGGUUCUUGGUGUUCUCUGAGCUUGGUUAUUUUCUUGCGACAUUUCAUUACCCAAACGAGGUGAAAACAGCUGAUGAUGUUACCUAGUUUGGUAAUGAAAUGUCUGCAAGAAAAGAACCAAGCUCAAAGAGCGCCAUAGACUUCACAGUCCUCCUCCUCUCCACAAAUCCCACUUCCCUCUAGCACUGAUGACAUCAUCUAGUUUGGUAAUGAAAUGUCUCCAAGAAAACAACCAGGCUCAGAGAGCACCAAGUCAUCAUCCUCCUCCUCUUCCUCCUCCUCCUCCUCCUCCUCCUCCUCCUCCUCCUCCUCCUCCUCCUCCUCGCCACAAAUCCCAUUUUAACACUGAUGAUGUUGUGUUCGGGUCAUGAAACCUCUGCAAGAAAAUUACCAAGCUCAGAGAGCACCCAGGACGCCCUCAUUUCAACCCUGAGCUACAAAUAUUCUCCUUCCUUGAAGAAAUGAAGUAUUCUGCCAUCCGAUGCCCACCAGAUGUUUGCUGGGAUGCCCCAGCCAACAUAAUCUCCCUACAUCUUAUUUUCCAGUGCUUAAAGGAUGAGGGGGAGGGGAGAUUGGAAGCGGGGGUGUCAAACUUUUGAAGGAUUCCUUUUUCUUUUUUGGAUUGUAUCGCGAGAUGCUCAUCCUCACCCAUGUGACAGCGUUGUCACCUGUUUUUGCUCCUAAGUAAUUUGAGUGUUAGCUUGAAUACCGUGCUUAGAAUAAAGUACUAUUUUAAAAUCCAAA